AUGUCCUCGACGUCAGUCGCACUCCCCAUCCCGACCUCUACUGACGACCAAGUACCCGCUCAUCACGCAAGCCCUGUCGCGGCCUUUAUAAUCGGUCUAUCCAUCGUUCUGUUGGCCUCUGUUCUCAACGCCGCUGGUCUCAAUAUCACAAAGUUGGACCAUGUACGAACUAGCGCAAUACCGAAAGCUGCCAGGCGGAAAGACUGGAUGCGACCACUUUGGUUGCUUGGAAUGCUGUUGUACAUUCUUUCACAACUGAUAGGCAGUACUCUGGCACUAGAAUAUAUGCGUGCCGAAUACGUCGCACCGCUUGGCUCUACCUCUCUAGUAUUCAACUUCCUCUUCGCCCGUUUCCUUGUCGGCACCCCAGUUACGAAAACAGAUAUCUAUGGUACCAUCGUCGUCAUUCUUGGCGUCAUCGGCAUUGUCGCGUUCGGCUCAAUUAAUAGUGGUCUUACCAGUGCAACAGACGUCGCACACAUCACGUACCUCUGGCGUAGGGGAGGUUGGCUCGGGUACUUCUUCGCCAUGUCAUUUGCCCUUUUCGCCGUCCUUGUAUUCACCACAAGGCUCGACCUCGUUCUUGCAACUCGGGCAGAGCUUGCUGCGGUCCCGUUUUCCGGAGCUCGUCCUACACAAGGCGGAUUGCCUCCCCCAGUUUCUUUCUCCGUGAACAAAUUAAGGAGAACGUGGUUUGGAAAGGUGUUUGGGGUGUUUUUUGCCCUUAAAGCUGGGUGGGACAAUUUUAUGGGUUGGGUUUUCGAUCGUCUAGAAGCUUGGGCUGCUCCAAAGGAUGAUAAACAGGUGGCAUGGACACUGGGUAUUGGAUGGGCUUGUUGUGGAGGUGGCCUUGCAGGUGGAUGUCUCGUUUUUGCUAAGGCUACCGUCAAACUUCUUUCCGGUUCCCUUUCUCAUGAAAACCCUGGUAACCAAUUUGGCCAUGCCGCUCCGAUAUUCACCAUCAUCCUACUUGUUCUCACUGCGGUCCUGCAAAUCAUCUGCCUGAAUCGUGGCCUCAAGGUUUACGACUCCACGCUGGUGGUACCUGUCUUUUAUGGUGUUUAUACUGCAACUGGGUGGCUCGAUUCGUUGAUUUUCAAUGACGAAGUCCAAGCCUACAAGUCAUGGACUCUUUUCCUCAUCUUCGUGUCCAUCAUCAUUUUGAUAGGCGGCGUAGUGCUCCUCACCCAUAAGAAACCGGAACCUGUCACCGGUAAAGUCAAGGCGUCAACAACGACGAGGAGGCCGAGACGAAAGCCUGCUAAGAAGAACGUCGGGGAGAACGGAAACGGGCGCAGUGAAGAAGCUGGCAGCGAAGAGGGCGACGAUGAGCAAGCGAACGGAGAAGGUGACGUUUUAUGGGCGGUAGGGGACGCGAGCGAUGGGGAAGACGAAGGAGACGAUGACGACGUCGAUCACCAUCAGCAUCCCCUGCAUCAGUCGCCCCUCCGGCGUCCAGUGGUCGCUCGACGGAAUUCACGAGGCAUGACAGAGCAAACUGGCUUGGUCGAGCCGGAGUCUCCUGGCGACCUAUACGCCUAUUCAACAAAAUUCAAUUCUGACGACAAGCGCAGACGAUCGAUGGACCCUUUCAGAGAUGAGCAAGAACUAGAUGAAUAUCCGCUCGCGGGAAGUUCACACUCAAAACCGCGGCGAUGA